GUGAUCGUAGUGACAACCUUGGAGGACCCAACCCAGACCCAACAUCUUCACCAACCAAACCAUCAAAACUCUCGAAGAAAAAACUCCCAUGGUGAUUGCCUUUGCGUGUGCAGCUUUAGGUGUCAUUAUUGCACUAUCUGUCAUCGGUUUCUUAGUAUGCCGGCGAAGGACCAGAGAUUCAGGGGACGCGACAGCUGAGAAGUCAUUAGAUUUGUGCCGUAACUUUUCCAUCACAGAGAUCAGCGCUGCUACCGACAACUUCGAUGGUAAUUCAAUAAUUGGUCAGGGAGGAUUUGGUAUGGUCUAUAAAGGACACAUUAACAACGGGAAGACAUCAACACCCGUAGCCAUCAAACGGCUCAAAGCAGAAUCAGAACAAGGGGCCGAUGAGUUCGAGACAGAGAUCAAGAUGCUUUCCCAGUUUCGCCAUCCUCACUUGGUUGAUCUCAUCGGCUACUGCAAAGAUGACAAGGAGAUGAUCCUGGUCUAUGAAUUCAUGGCCCGCGGCACCCUCAGAGAUCAUCUUAACGAACCUGCUAACCAGCCACUUUCAUGGAAGCAAAGGCUUGAGAUAUGCAUCGAAGCAGCAAAUGCACUGCUCUAUCUUCAUACCAACACUGGUGAGAACAAGCGAAGCGUGAUCCACCGCGAUGUGAAGAGUGCAAACAUUUUGUUAGACGAGAAUUGGAAAGCAAAGGUUUCAGAUUUCGGAUUGUCCAGGAUUGGGCCGAAUGGCUUGUCCAGGUCACAUGUUACCACACUUGUCAAAGGCAGCGUCGGGUAUAUAGACCCACAAUACUGCGAGAGUCAGCAGCUGACCACAAAAUCUGAUGUUUACUCUUUUGGUGUGGUUUUACUUGAGGCUUUGUGCGGAAAGCCGCAUAUAUUUCGAAACGAGGAGAAGCAGCAGGUAACCCUGGUGGAAUGGUUUAAGAAAUGCUAUGAGAAAGGAGAGAUCGGCGACGUGGUUGAUCCAUUUUUGAAGGGGGUCAUAACGCCCCAGUGCUUGAACAAGUUCGUUCAAAUAGCAUUGGCUUGUCUGCGUGAUAAUGGGAAGCUGCGGCCACCCAUGAGAGAUGUUGUGAGGGGCUUAGGGUCUGCGUUGAAGAUGCAGGGGAGCAUGGAGGUUGAGAUCCUGAGAGAGGGUGGAGAGGCAAACAAAGAGGACAAACCAACCGUGACCCAAUUCAGAAAAGAUGAAGAAAGUGGAGUACAGUUCUCGACUUCAAGUGGAUCCACCACGACUGUGUCCACGUGGAGGAGUAAGGUCACCGUCGCCAGUAGUGAGGAGGAGUAAGCUUUGGUUCCUGCAGUGUUCUUUGAGCUUGCACAUCCAACAGCACGAUAAGACGGAACAAAUAAGUAACUGUAAAUGGAAAUUCAAUGCUUGUGUCUAAUGCGAGAGGGUACACUAUUAGGUCAAUAGUUCAUUUGACCGAUGGAUUCUGCAUUGGGAUUCAUCCAACAAGUCAAAUAUACUGUCACUUGAACAGGGUAUUAAUAUCCCUUGGAGUAUGAAUCAUGCGCUUCUCUUUUGGCCCUUCA